AUGAGCGCCCCUUCGAGCACCCCGUCCAUCCAUGCGGACGAUGAAUGGUCUCCUCUGAAGGCCGUGAUUGUCGGUCGCGCUGGUCGUGCAUGCUUUCCAGCCGCACCGCCGGCGAUGAUUGCAUCGACAAUGCCUGCAGCUCAUGUUCACCGGUUCAGAUCACGGUCACCCUUCCCUGAGGACCUCAUUGAGAAGGCCGAGGCGGAACUGGACUGCUUCGCAGCCAUCCUGAGGGCCGAGGGCAUUCGCGUCUACAGACCGCCAAGUGGUAUUGACUGGUUGGCGGAAGAGGGCUACACGGGGGCCAUGCCACGGGAUGGACUUAUCAGCGUGGGCAAUACGCUUGUGGAGGCUUGUUUUGCCUGGGAGUGUCGGUCGCGGGAGAUCGAGCUGGCCUAUGGAGCUAUACUUGAGGAGCUGGCUCUGCAGGACCCACGCGCUCGCAUCAUCCGCCGACCAGGAGACACCUUUGCGAAUAAUUUACUGAACGAAGACGGACCAGACAAGGCCAAUGGCUGGAUCAUCAACAACAGCCGCCCGGCAUUCGACGCGGCGGAUUUCAUGCGCUUCGGCACCGUCAUCCUGGGCCAGUAUAGCCAUGUCACCAACCAAGCGGGGGUGGACUACCUCCAGCGGCAUCUUCCGGCGGGAUACCGUGUCGAGAUGUUGACCGUGAACGAUCCUAAUGCCAUGCACAUUGAUGCAACCAUUCUGCCCCUCCGCCAGGGCCUUCUUGUGUACAACCCGAACAAAGUCACCGAAGCAGCGCUGCGAGCACAUGAGGUUCUGGCAGACUGGGAGCUAGUCCCGUAUCCAUUUAACCCGCAAGAACCGGAGCAUCCUCCACUCUACAUGACCAGCCCGUGGCUUUGUCUAAAUGCCCUGGUAUUGGAUGGAAAGAGGAUGAUUGUGGAGGCUGGUGACGACCGGACGGCAGAGUGGUUUGAGACGCUGGGAAUGACGUGCAUUCGCUGCCCCUUCAGACAUGUGAACAGUAUUGGGGGCUCUUUUCAUUGUGCGACAGUGGACCUGGCCUUUGAUGCGUUUCGUGCGCGAAUCCUUCUCCAAGAACCGCAAUCAUUUCCAUGUAUCUACGCGACCAAAGGCUUCAAGGCAAAUGAACAUCGCUUCUGCUUCGUCGAUCACGCGGGUUCCGACGCAGGGACACCCAUUGCGGACGCAACACUAGAUCGCCUUGCCGCUGCGUUUGACGACUAUGCCCAGAACUGGCGCCAGUUCGGCCCUAUGACAUCGCUGGUGGUCUUAACUCCUCUGCCCCCUGCUGCGAGCUCACGCGUGUCGACAGCGUCGCUGGCGGACGACCGGCAGCGUUUUUGGGAUCUCCUGCGCGGCAUCAGCGACCGUGACCCGCACAGCUGGCCAGCAACUGUUCCUCAGGAUGUGGAGAAGCCCGCCUGGACGCUCAUGUUCCGAGGAGAGCGGUUCGUCGCGCUGGCGCUAACACCGCGGUAUCAGAACCGUCAGUCGCGAUUCUGCGCUGGGUUUGUGCUGGCAUUUCAGCCCAUCAAAAUCCUCCAGGAUCUUCUCUCGACGCCAGAGAAGAUGGCAAGCGCAGUUGGGACGGUGCGUGCGCUGACGGACAGCCAGGACGCUGUGCCCUACAGCGAUGAUGUGAUUGCUGUUGGGGAGGGCAGACAGUCCGUUAGUACAAUGUUCUUCUUGAGUGAUGACGGAGAAUCGUGGGGAAGUCUGUACAGCAAGAUCAGAAGCAAAUAG